AUGUCAUACCGUUCGACUAUAUUUCAGCUUCUGUCAUUAAAUGUUCUUUUGGUUUCAUUCAGUAAUGCCCAGGAAGAAUUUUUUCAGCCACAUGUAAAUCAGUUACCAGCACCUGAUUUGGCUAAUAAUGUGCUACCUGAAAUUUUCCUUGGCACCGUAAAGAAGACGGAUGAAAUGUUUGACACUAGUUAUGGGAUGCCACCGGAUACAUUAAUUGAUCCAGAUGGGCGGACUGUGGCAUAUUCAAAGCGACGGGAAGAACAACGUAUGAAAGAAGUAGAGGAAGAACGACAACUUUUACAACAGAUAAGCAGAAAAGAUGGCAAAAAGUUUGUUUCUUGGUAUAUUUACUGUCGUACAAUAUUUGGUUGCAUUGGCAUUGUUGCUUGUGGCAUUAUUCCCGCAUUUAUUUUACCCAGUAAUUCUAACGAGUACUUGCAAUCGAAUGCUGGUCGUCAAUCGUUGAAUUUACUUCUAAGUUUUGCUGUUGGCAGUUUAAUUGGUGAUGUUUUUCUUCAUUUACUGCCAUUUGUAUGGAUCGAUAAAAACGUGAAUAAAUUGGAAGCUGGAAUUUGGACAAUGGCGGGUGUUCUGUUUUGUUUUUUGCUUGAAAAACUAUGCGUGACGAACGAAUGUAGUCAACGCAAAAUGUGCGCUAUAUUGAAUCUCAUGGCCAACUUUAUGGACAACUUCACCCAUGGUUUAGCUAUUGGUGGUUCAUUUUUGUUAGAACCAAAGCUUGGCUGGUUAACAACAUUUUCUAUAAUUAUCCACGAACUACCCCAUGAAAUAAGCGACUUUGCCAUUUUGCUUCGUGCUAAUUUCGAUCGUUGGUCAGCUUUAUUAACCGCAAUCGGUGGUGCGUUAGGAGCAUGCGUAGCACUGUUUUCACAUACGAAAUAUGCGACCAAUGAAGCAUCCCAAAAUAUUUUACCAUUUACGGCUGGUGGUUUUAUUAAUAUUGCUCUUGCUCAAAUAUUACCGGAACUAAUGAAAGAAACUAACUCAAGGCAAAAUAUCUUGCAGUGGAUCUGUAUAAUGGGUGGCAUCAUAGUGAUGUAUGCAAUGAAUGCAUUUCAUCUCAGUUAAUC